CUAAAGAAUGAGCUCCGCCGCGAUGGACGUAGCAUCGUUAACCAGCCGCUCGUUACUGCUGGCUUUACUAGUCCUCUCGGUGACCCAUAAGGCGCAAGGACUGCUGUGUUACUGUGAACGUUGUGUAAAUCGGUCAUGCAACACAACUGGACUGUGUUUUGCGGUCAUCGCAAAGUCUUCAGGACAGACCGUGACACAAGAGCGUCAGUGCAUUCAGCAAGAUGAUCUUUACCCGCGGGACAGGCCUUUCCAGUGCGCUCCGUCCAACAACGGCAAGCAUCCAUACUGCUGCAACACUCAUAUGUGCAACAAAAACCCAAAAGUCAUCCAAGAGUUGCCUGAAGCUGAACCCCAGUCUAUGAGUCCCAUAGCCUUGGCUGCAAUGAUUGCUGUCCCCAUCUGUGUGCUGAGCUUUGUGCUGGUGCUGCUCUUCUACAUGUGCCAUAAUCGCUCAAUCAUCCACCAUCGUGUGCCAAGUGAAGAAGACCCCACUAUGGACCACCCGUUCCUCGCUGACGGCACCACACUUAAGGACCUCAUCUAUGACAUGACCACUUCUGGAUCAGGCUCAGGUUUGCCUCUGCUAGUGCAACGUACCAUCGCCAGGACCAUCAUCCUCCAAGAGAGCAUUGGGAAGGGCCGUUUUGGAGAGGUGUGGAGAGGCCGCUGGCGUGGAGAGGAGGUGGCAGUGAAGAUCUUCUCCUCCAGAGAGGAGCGCUCUUGGUUCCGCGAGGCAGAGAUCUACCAGACUGUCAUGCUCCGUCAUGAGAAUAUCCUGGGCUUUAUUGCUGCAGACAACAAAGAUAACGGAACAUGGACUCAGCUGUGGCUGGUAUCUGAUUACCAUGAGCAUGGGUCUCUCUUUGACUACCUGAACAGGUACACGGUCACGGUGGAGGGCAUGAUCAAGCUGUCUCUAUCCACCGCCAGUGGUCUGGCUCAUCUGCAUAUGGAGAUUGUGGGUACUCAGGGUAAGCCUGCCAUUGCCCAUCGUGAUCUGAAAUCUAAAAACAUCUUAGUGAAGAAGAAUGGAACCUGCUGUAUCGCUGACCUUGGACUGGCUGUGCGCCACGACUCUGCCACAGACACCAUUGAUAUUGCACCCAACCACAGGGUGGGCACAAAAAGGUAUAUGGCCCCUGAGGUGCUGGAUGACUCCAUUAACAUGAGGCACUUUGAGUCUUUUAAAAGGGCAGAUAUCUAUGCCUUGGGUCUGGUGUUUUGGGAGAUUGCUCGCAGGUGUUCAAUUGGAGGCAUCCAUGAGGACUACCAGCUCCCCUACUAUGACCUUGUACCAUCUGAUCCAUCAGUAGAGGACAUGAAGCGGGUAGUGUGUGACCAAAAGCUGCGUCCCAACAUCCCAAACAGGUGGCAGAGCUGCGAGGCUUUACGUGUGAUGGCGAAGAUCAUGAGGGAAUGCUGGUACGCCAAUGGAGGCGCUCGUCUCACCGCGCUGAGGGUCAAGAAGUCACUGUCCCAGCUCAGUCAACAAGAGGGCAUCAAGAUAUAAAGGCAAACUAAUCAUCUUUCCACUGCCUGUCCACUCGCUCCACACAUCCAGAGAGCUCAACCAUGGAACUUCAUCCUCUGAGGAGCUUUACCUCAAUCAGGGAUUUCGAAGUAUCAAAUUUAUUUGGUGCUCUUCCCUGUUAAGGUUAGGGUUAGGGUAAGUCUAUGAAAAAAAACAUGCAAACCACCUCAGACA